UGGCGCAGUGCGUGUGGGGACUCCUUCUGCUGUUCCUCUCGGUCAGCGGGUUCGUUUACACGCCCCUCGAUGUCAUGCUGAGGGAGAAGCUGAACAUGAGACCUGGCUUCCCGCCCUACGAAUGGUGGGCGGACCCCCCGGACGAGGUUCGCCUGCGGGUGUACGCGUUCAACGUCACCAACCACGACCGGUUCAUGGCGGGGCUGGAUGACAAGAUCCACGUGCAAGAGGUCGGGCCUAUUGUGUACUUAGAGAAGCUGUUACAUUCGAACAUACAGUUCAAUGAGAACAGUACGAUGACGUACACCGCCAAGCGGUUCCCGAUCUACCUGCCUGAGAGGAACUCUAUAGAUCUCAACGCGACUCUCAUCGUGCCUAACUUGGCUUUGUUGGGAAUGUCAUCUUACCUUCACAACGCGAACUACUUCGUGCAGACCGGUUUCCGAUUCCUGGCUUCGUCCCAUCACAGCGAGGUGUUUGUCAAGAAGACGAUCUACGAGUACCUGUGGGAUUACAAGGAGGCGAUUCUGGAUACGUCGAAGAAUCUGGCUCCCGGACUAGUUCCUGUUAACAACAUGGGAAUGCUGGCUAGGAUCUACGCGGACUUCACAGACGAGGUGACGGUGAAGAUAGGCUCUCAGUGGGGCCACCACCAGUUCUUCCAGAUCGACCGGUUCCGGGGGGAGCCGCAGUUGCCUGGGUACGAUCCAGAUGAGUGUCCAGACCGCAUCUUCAGGUCUUCAGAAGGCGUGAUGUACCACCAGCGGCUGUCCAAAACCGAUGUGGUACUGUACUGGAGGAAGACUGUCUGCAAACUGAUGCCCUUGUAUUUUGAUAGUGAGCUGGUGAUAGAUCACGUACCGGUCUACAGGUACAACCUGUCAGAGAGCGUGUUCAACCGAGUUACCAACGGGACAGACUGUUACGAUACCCAGCCUUCUUUGCCAGAGGGCCUGAGCGAUGGGUCUAAGUGCUAUUUCAAAUUUCCAAUGGUAGUGUCCUACCCCCACUUCUACAACGGUCAGCCGCCGAAAGACAAAUACGUGACGGGUCUACAGCCGGAUAGGACAAAGCAUAACUCCUACAUCAUUGUUGAGCCUCUGACAGGAACGCCGUUCAGGUCUGUGGCGCGGAUGCAGAGUAACCUGAGGGUGCACGACCUCACCAGGUUCAAUUAUCCAUACAAUAAGUUCUCCAAUCUGGUGCUACCACUAUUUUGGGCUGAAUACAAUCAAGAAGGUUUACCAGCGCACAUCCGACAAACCAUAUACUUCAUGGCAGUAAUUCUUCCGCCUCUCUCCUACAUAAUUUUAGCUGUAACACUUCUCCUAGGCAGCUAUUUGUUAGCUCGAAAUAUAUACAAACACCAAUUAAAAAGCGAAACAUUCAACGCUUUAUUACAAUACAAAAGUAAAAACCGCGAUUUGACAAAGAAAAACUUAUUUGUUGUUGAAAAAGAGGCUUUUCUUAAAGUGCCUAGUUAACAUGGACGAAUAUUAAAUACUUUUAGAAGAUUUUAACUAAGACUGAAUAUUUUAGAUCUGUUUCAUGGCAGAAACAAAAAUUAGGAAAUUUUUUUACAAAGCGGACGCCAUUUUGAAUCUGCAUUCUAAUUUGUGUACAAAAGUGAGGGUAGUUAUAAAAAUAACCGCCAUUACAACGCGUAUCUACUAAACCACUGAACAGUUAUUGAUGUCACAGGUUGCUAUCGUAUGUCAAAAUUGUUUAAAAACCUUUCUUGGUACAACCAAAUGAUAUAAAGAUUUUUUUUGUAGAACCGAAUGAUCUUCAUGUUAAACUGAUGAUGACGAAUGAUUUGCGAUCAUGCUUGCAUUCGAUUACAAGCACGAAAUACUCAGUUAAAUGUGAGUGACUGGUGUAUCAACGCACACCCUUACUAAACCGAUCAGGCUGAAAUUUGGCAUGGAAAUAGUUACUAUGAUGUAGGAUGACAUUCCCGCGGGAACGGAAUUAAGAGGAAUUCUUCGUUUACGCGGGUGGAGUCGCGUGCGUAUUAAUUGUGUGUAUUUCAUAGCCUAAGGUAAAAAUCAAUGUUUACGUAUAUAAAAUUUAAAAGAAACAUAUUUUGUCCAAGUUUCUUUAUAUUAAAGGCAACUCUUUACAAAAUCUUGCAUAGGGAAAAAUACCUCUUUGACAGCUAAUUUUAGGAAUCUGUACAUAAUUUUUAAACAAUUUAAGUAUAUCAUGCUUUAUACAAUAGGGUAAAUAAAAUAAUUAGGGGGUAGUUUAUA